AUUUCAGUACUACUAUUAGCAUCAGCAUACGUCCUCUCCGUAAUCUGCCUCGUCUCUGGAGUUGUGGUAUCCCCUAUUUCUAACGUGCUUGGUGCUGCUUAUCCUCUCUAUCGCAGCUCUAAAAUGCUAGGAAAAAAUACGGAUUUUGCUGAGGCCAAGAAGCUUUUAAUGUAUUGGAGCGUCUUCGAGUUCCUGCUCGUGGGCGAGCCGAUUUUCAACGCUGUAUCGUUCUGGCUGCCCUACCACAAUUUCGUUCGUCCCUUACUGCAAAUUCAGCUCUGUCUCGAUGAUUUCAGCGCGUGCGAGAGCGUCUAUGAUUCCUGCGUGAAACCAGUCGUCUCUCACGCACUUGAGUGGAAGGAAUUGUUCAUAACUCCGCCAGUUUUCGUGAAGGACACGGGGAUGUGGCACAAGGGCGAGGAUGUACCGGAGUUCAGAGAAAAGGCUCAGCGACUAGCGGCGAAAUCAGCUGUUGCGGCUUGCACCUCCGAGGCUAGUAAAAACUAG